UUUCUGUUUUUUAUGACCUCUAUUUCAGAUCUCCCUGGAGUUUCGAAAUCUGGCUGAGAAAUACCAAACAGUGAUUGUUGACAUUUGCCGGAAGAUGGGAUUUGGGAUGGCAGAGUUUUUGGAUAAGCGUGUGAUGUCUGAACGGGAGUGGGACAAGUACUGUCACUAUGUUGCUGGGCUGGUGGGAAUUGGCCUUUCUCGUCUCUUCUCGGCCUCAGAGUUAGAAGAUCCCUUAAUUGGUGAAGACACAGAGCUUGCCAACUCUAUGGGCCUGUUUCUGCAGAAAACAAACAUCAUCCGUGAUUAUCUGGAAGACCAGCGAGAAGGAAGAGAGUUUUGGCCUCAAGAGGCUUGGAGCAAGUAUGUGAACAAGCUGGGUGACUUUGCCAAGCCAGAGAACGUGGACUUGGCCGUGCAGUGCCUGAACGAGCUCAUAGCCAGCACACUGCACCACAUCCCUGACGUCAUCACUUACCUUUCACGACUUAGAAACCAGAGCAUAUUUAACUUCUGUGCUAUUCCACAGGUCAUGGCCAUUGCCACUUUGGCUGCCUGUUAUAAUAAUCAGCAGGUAUUCAAAGGGGUGGUGAAGAUAAGAAAAGGGCAAGCAGUCACCCUGAUGAUGGAUGCCACCAACAUGCCAGCUGUAAAAGCUAUAAUACAUCAGUACAUGGAAGAGAUUUAUCACAGAAUCCCCAACUCCGACCCAUGUUCUACUAAAACGAGGCAGAUCAUCUCCACGAUCAGGAGGCAGAGUCUUCCCAACUGUCAGCUCCUCUCCCGGAGCCACUGCUCACCCAUUUACCUGUCGUUGUUCAUGCUCCUGGCGGCCCUGAGCUGGCAGUAUCUGAGCACCCUGUCCCAGGUCACAGAGGACUACGUUCAGACCGGAGAACACUGACUGGGCUCGGUCGGGAGACCGAACACCCUGGGAAAACGGACUGACCUUCUCUUCAGGGAUGGAUGUGGGCUUUCCCCCCUUUUUCCCUCCUGCUUUAAUCCCUCAAAGAACUCUGUGGGCCUGGACCUUUAGAAACUGUGACAUGUGGUGAAGAUAGGAUUAAAGGGAAAGGACGCUUCAGCCUCGGCCGCCCGUGUUCACCUGUGCCCACCUGGGCGGGGUGACUGAGGGCUGAGCGUCCUCUGCUGUGGGUCACAGUCAGGGCUGCAUCCGGGCCUGCAGAGAGAGAUCAUACUUAGUGUGCAUACGGGCUAGAAUUAUAAUUAAAUGUAUUUAAUUUGAAGCAACCUUUGAAUACCUGUCCUAGUAGAAAGUGAAGUG